CUACGUUAAUCUUAAUUUUAUAUCACUUUCCCCGACAAAUAUUUGAACAUUAUAGUCAAUCUUUAGUAUUCAAUAAUUGUAUCAGGACACUAUUCAAUUCAAUAAUAUUAUUAUCAAUUUUUCAUUAUGUUUUUUUAAAAGAUAUUUGUCAUUCACGGAUUACUAAUUACAAGAAAUAUUUUCUACUAAAAAUGACUUUCGUCUUAUCAAAAACACACAACCCAGCUCUCCUUUUAUGUUUGGGGUUUUUACAGUGCAUAUAUUCACCCAAGAGAAUAGUAGCCAGCAAAUGUAAAUUUAUUUUUAAUAUAUUAAUACAUAAUAUAUAUGAUAUAAUAGUGUAUAUAUAUUUUUUUUGAAAUAUUUGGCUAGCGAAUAUAAUUAUUUCUAGCUGAUCGGACAAAUGUAUAACUUGUCUUUUUUUUUUUUUUUUUUUUUUUUUUUUUGGCUAUAACACAUCUCAGAAAUGUCGUAACGACACUUGGAGAGCUCUAGGUUAUCGAAAAUCUAUUCAUCACCUAUCAGGUCAGGGACCCUCAAGUGCUUCUCAAAAGAGAAGUAGCUUUAGAAAAUUUGGGACAAUGCCUCAUCUCCAGACAAAUGUUACAAAUCUGCAACAGCAACAACAUAACCCAGAAACCCAAAGAGGCCCAGAGUAUCCAUUUAUACCAUUUAAUACCAACAGUAUUUUUGCUAGAGGAGAGAGUUCAACUCAGCAGCAGGUCUAUCGCCCACAAAUUCAAGUUGAUCCCCACUACCUCAGCAUUGGCAGCCCAUAUAAUAACCCAUUUCUAUCAGCACAAAAUAAUGUUAGUGGUGGGAUACGACAACAACAUGGCCCAUUAUUUGAAAUGUGGGAUCACAAGGACUACAUUAUUGGAAGCACUAAUUAUAUGUCGGGGCUGGCAUUUGACGGUGGGGAACAUCAUGCUCAAAAUGACUACAACUUGAAUGUCGAUAAGGCCCAUGUAACAACAUAUUCAGGUGCCACCGAGUGCCCAAUUUCCAGGAAUAGCAAAUCUUCCUGACAAAACAUCAACAUGAUGAUCCAAUACAGUCUAAGGGCUCUUUGCAGGAACAGAGUUAUUUUCUCAAGUGAAAAUUGCAUAUUUCAUUUUUCUGAAAACUAUGUAAUUUCGUUUUUAAUUUUUU